ACCUCCGACUGAAGCCUGCUGGAUACAAACACAGCAGCCGAACAUGCGCCUGAAGGCCUGAUUCGCCUGAGAUCCAACUCCACCUGUCGAGCGAGGACUCCAGCAUGUAUCCCAGCUCCCAGCCAGUGAGAAAUCCGGUUCAGACGCUGAGCAUGAAUGGUCAGUAUCUUCCGCCUGCUUAUGACUUCUCAGGCUACCACCACACUGUUUCGGGAGUCGCCGACCUUUCAGCAACCAACUGGAACCCCGUUUACACCCCCCGGGAGGAAUACCCCUACAGUUUCCCAGGUUCGAGCCCCAGCACAGGGCAGUUGAGCUACACCUCCCCAGAGCUGAGCAGCGCCCCCUCAGCUGCUGGAGGAGGGGGGUCUCUCACCCCUUACAGCUUCAUCACAGGACAGGACCCCUUCAGCUCCAGGAGGAGACCACCUGAGCCCAUCAGACAGACGUUUUCUGUUGGAAAGACUCGGACGAAGGACAAGUACAGGGUGGUGUACACUGACCACCAGCGGCUGGAGCUGGAGAAGGAGUUUCAGUGCAACCGCUACAUCACCAUGAGGAGAAAGGCUGACUUGUCAAUGGCUCUAGGACUCUCUGAGAGACAGGUGAAGAUCUGGUUUCAAAACAGACGUGCGAAAGAGAGAAAGAUCAACAGGAAGAAGUUGCAACAUUCCCAGCAGGCCUCCACAACAACUCCCACCCCACCUGUUCUCAGUGCACUUACUGAAACCCUUGGUACCACCAGCCCUGGCACCAGCGGCACCAUGCUGUCGGACAUAAAAUCUGAAGAGUACUAGCUGGGUUCUUAAUCUGAAAUAUAGAGUGUAUCUGAAAUGUAAAUAGUAUUUUUGUUAUUAUGAGUUCAACACAGAUUGAUCAAUCAUUCACAUCACUGAUGCAGCAAAUUCAUUUUUUUUACACUACAAAGGUACACGUGCAACAAACCAAAUCUACAGGCUACCUGACAAAUUAUUUGCUUUUUGUACUACUGCUAGGCUAUUUUCAGAUUAACACAAUACCACUUUUCACUUUUAAGGUCUACAGUGCUGUGGAAAUAUGUUUGCCCUCUCACAAAAUUAGCUUUUUUUGUCACAUUUACAUAUUGCAGAUGACCAAACACAUAUUUUAAUAUUAGCCAAGGAUAACCCUAAUUAGAAUGACAAAAAUCAUUUCUAAAUAUCCAUCCAUC